CAUUCUCUCGUCGAUCUCUCUAACCUUUGUCACAGCAUAGUCAUGGCGGCGACGGGCAAAACCAGCAGCACGGUGGUUGCAAUGUCCACCCUGGCUCUAGCGGCGAGCCUCGUCCUCCUCCUCGCCGUCUCCACAGAGGCGGCCUGCCCCAGCAAGAGCAAACCAACGCCGAGCGCACCGAUGGUGACGGGCGGGAGCGGGAGCGGGAGCGGCGGAGGUAAGUGCCCGGUGGACGCGCUGAAGCUGGGGGUGUGCGCGGACGUGCUGGGCCUAGGCGACGGGCUGACGAACCUGAUGGCAGGCUCCUGGUCGACGGCGUCGUCGGGGAAGAAGCCGUGCUGCGAGCUCGUCGACGGCCUCGCCGACCUGGACGCCGCCGUCUGCCUUUGCACCGCCAUCAAGGCCAACGUGCUGGGCGUCGUCGACGUCGGCCUGCCCCUCCAGCUCGGCCUCCUCGUCAACCACUGCGGCAGGAAGCUCCCGGCUGGCUUCCAGUGCCCUAACUGAUCAACCGAGUCCGUACGCACGCACGCACGAAUGGAACGUUGUUAAUUUGCUUGCUAGGAGUUAUACGUGCUGAGCGCGAAUUUUAAUUUUCUCUGUCUGUGUACUGGUCCUUUAAUGUUAAGUCGUGUUGUAACUGUUGACGUAUAAUGUACUGCCUAGUCUUUUUCAUCAGAUUGGUCUUUUGGUUGCAUUAGCUAGAGCAUGCACUUCUACAUUGUAUCAGAGCCAAGGUGUCUUUGCACUUCUACAGUAAUCGUAAUGACAUGUUCGGUGCUUGCUGCGUUAGACCUGUGAACGCCGUGCUUUCCGAAACGAAUUAGAAUGGGAUAUGGACGUUGCUGACCAAGCAGACAUUAUACAUGCAGCUUUACAAGUAUCAUAGUUCUGGCAUUGUCAGUAAAACAAGUAGCCGCAAAGUGCAUGCCUGGUUAUAAAAAAGAGUGAUUGAGAGGAAAAACUUAGUUUGAAAACAUUUGCAAAGAGUACCAUCGUCAAUUGAUCUGAAAUCAACACGAUACCCAAUAUUGUUUAUUACAUGGAUCAAUGCAUAGAUAUGCGCAAACUGGGAUCGAUUAUCUCGAUUCAGCAAACUACAAGACCAAUGUUUAUGACA